AUGAACCCCCACAACCCGGAAUCCGGAUCCGCCAAGUACCCGGAAGUGUCCUCCUCCUCUGCCGCCGCCGUCAAUCCGCCUCCAGUAACCGAGAACGCCGAGAAAUGGGGGACCCACGUGAUGGGGACGCCGGCGGUGCCCACGUGUCACCCAAACAACCAAAAGGCCGCCCUUUGGGGCGCCGGCGACCAGAAAGAGUACCAAAACCACCACCAACCCUACAUCCAAUACACGCCGAUCGAGAGGUCCACCGGCGACGGGCCACUGGACUCGGUCCUCCACAAGUUCAACUCUUGGAGCGCCAAGGCUGAGACUGGGUCAUCGGUGUCUGAGGCGGCCUGGGGGAAGCUCAACCUUGGGGCGAAGACCAUUACUGGAGGUGGGUUCGAAGCUCUGUACAAGCAAACAUUCGCAACUUAUCCAAACGAGACGCUCAAGAAGACUUUCGCGUGCUACCUAUCGACAUCCACCGGCCCAGUUGCCGGGACUCUAUAUUUGUCGAACGUGCAUGUUGCUUUCUGCAGUGAUCGCCCCUUAUCCUUCACUGCCCCAUCGGGACAGCUGACGUGGAGCUACUACAAGAUAUUGAUACCUUUGCCCAUGAUUGGGAGCAUAAACCCGGUGAUCAUGAGGGAUAAUCCGCCAAGGGAAAGGUACAUACAGAUUGUCACGACCGAUGGCCACGAUUUUUGGUUCAUGGGCUUCGUCAAUUACGAAAAAGCCAGCCAUCAUCUCUUUGAGACCCUCUCCACUUUUGCAGCACCUGGAAUUCCAAUGCCACAGCCCUCAGGGCAUCAUUAA